ACACGCUGACAUCUCUCUGUCUCACUAGGGUUUAUCAGUCUAGGGUUUUUGAGCCAUCUCAUAUGCAGUAGCAGAAACCUAACAGAGCCCGAGUGGCUCUUAAAUUUAUUUAUUUAUUUUUCCUAUGGAGGUUUUCUAGCCGGAGCUCCAAUUGCCUUAUUCUGGCUUGAGGAUUCUGAACGAGAUGGAGGACAUUGGCGACGAUUUUGGCGACAUCUACGCUGAUGUUGAAGCACAAGCAGCUUCUGCCGUCAAUGGCGUGGCAGAUUUCACUCGACUGUACAUAGAACGGGAAGAUGAUGAUGGUAAUAAUGAUACUAAUAAUAACAGUAGUGAUAGUGGCAAUGAUAGUGUCGCCAAGAGAGCUUGCUCCGCCGAGGGUUUGGGUUUGAAGAAUGUCAAGUCGACCAGAGACGAGCCGGUUUGGUCCGAUGAUGAUGGGCCGAGUCAAAAUAAAAAAGCUUCGAGCUUGGAAGUGGACGGAAGUGAUAGUGAGGACGAUUUGAAUAUAGUUUUGAAUGACGAGGAUUGCGGGAUGUUUUCCAUCAACGGCGGAGCGAGCGUGAGGAGCGGAGGGAGUGACGAGGAGGAUGGGGAUGGUGGUCUUGUUGUUGGAUUGGAGCAGGCGAAUGCAAGUCAUAGUGGUGAGAGAGGAAAUGGACUAAAGGGUACAUAUCAUCAUUCGCAGUACAAGUACAUACGACAUCAUGCAGCUGCAUGCUCAAAUGUUGCAAAAGCCAGCGGGACUGCUGGGUUGGCUUCAUCCUCUCCGUUGUUUGCUAGAAUUGAUUGGGAAGAUAAUAGAUGCAAUCAACAGAAGGGCUUAGGUUCAGGUCACGGGGCCCAUCUCUCUUCCAAAGCCGUUCCAGGUUUAGCUCAAAGUGGAUACGGUUUCUCACUCCCAUGGUAUAGGACUAUACUAGAUGUAGAUAUUAACUCAUUUGAGCAGAAGCCCUGGAGGAAUCCUGGAGUGGAUAUAACAGACUUCUUCAAUUUUGGUUUUGACGAGGAAAGUUGGAAAAGUUAUUGUAAUUAUCUGGAACAAACACGGCAGCAAACAACCUUGCGGACCAGGAUCCCAGUCCAUGAAUCUUCAAAAACCACUCAGGCUUACAAAGCUGGAUUUGAGAAUGAGAAAAUACAUCGAGAAGCUGUGGCAGGUGAGAUUGCUCAUGUUAGGCAGGCAGCUCCUCCUGGGUCAAAAUAUGACGACAAGGAAGUGAGGCAGCUGAGACUGCCAAAAGGCAGAGCCAUUCAGGUUGAAGGCAGCUCCUGCGAGCGCCUACCAUCUAUGGAUGUAAGGCGCCCGCGGAAUCGGGAUUCUGAUGUUGUUAUACAGAUUGCAGUGCAGGAUACCAUGGAGAAUUCCUGUGGUUCUCAAAAGGGGGAAGGUGGCCACAGGGAUGGCACUGUGCAUGAAUCAUCUGAAUAUGAGGAUUUUGACAUGGAUGAUGAUAUGGACAUACAGCGCUUUGGUAGUGCAAAUGCCAAAGGACCGUCGGCAGAAUCUCCAGACAGAAAUGUGGACAGAUUAGAUUGGGCUGUUCUCAAAAGGUGCUCCCAGUCAGCAGCUGCAUCAAACAUAGUGGCUGAGGAAUCUGGUAACUGUGGAAAUGACCAAAUAUUUGAUGCAGAAUGCCGUCACUGUCAAAAUAAGAAUUUGCACACUUCAGAUGGAAAUGCUGAGGUGGUGGAAACACUAAAUAGCAUGAAGGAAGAGGUUGCGCGAGCUACAUGCAACACAAAUUCAUGCAUAAUGGAAACAGAAUCUUCACUUGGUGAUGAGAUUCAACAGAGCCCCUGUUCAUCUAAUCUUGGAAGUCAGUCUGAUGCAUCUGAGCAUUGUGUUCAUGCUGAUCCUGAAGAUACUCGGAAUUCUAUAGAAAGGCCAUCUUCCAAUUCUGUUAUUGAUCUGCAGGAUUCAGUUUCAUCUGACUACUAUCUCACUAAGGAUUUUAAAAGCAAAGGAGUCCAUAUGAAAACUGGUGAUUAUGUAGAUUCUUUGAGAUACAAAAAAUUCAGUCAGGAGGAACGAGAGAGUCGCAGUAGAAGAUUGCAUCGCUUGGCUGAGUUGAAGUUCAACACCAAUAAUUAUGAUGACUCUCCCAUCUCUGAUAUGGAGGGCCUAUAUGAUGAUAAUAGGCAUCUCUCAUCAGUUGGUGGUAGGAGACGGAAGGAAGCACUGCGUGAUUUGGGUUCUUAUGAUAGAGAAGAUAUCUCAAAUCACUGGGAAGUAGAAUCUGGCCCCCAUUCUUGUUGUCAGAGGUUUUCUGACAAUCAUGUUCAAAGUGCUUAUACAAAAAAAAAUCGUAGGAAAGGUCAUCUGAACUUUAGAGAUGAGACAGGUCAAUACUUUGGAAGGAGAUGGGAUGAAAGUGAAUACUUUCUUGAAGAAAGAAUCACUAGAGUGGACAAAAGAAUAAUGGAAGGGGAUUGGUAUCAUCAUGAAAGAGGAACAGCUAAUGAGGACAUGGACCAUCAUACUUAUCAGGAGUCCAGGCAGGUAAUUUCAAAGCAGUGCUCCUACACAGACAGAGAGAGGGGCACUCGAUGGAGAAAGAAAAGUGAUUACCAUCAGUUUAGGAAAAGAAGUAGUAAUGAUGAUCGAUUGUUUGAGUGCAAGCAUGCAGACGAUUUCGUGCAAGAAAAAUAUGGUAAAUCAUACAUUGAAAAGGAAAGGGAUUUAAUUGAUGAAAAAUAUGGAAGGCAUCUGGCAUUUGCUGAGAGAGAAAACUUUGGCAGAAGGGAAAGAUGUGGCAGCAUUUCCUCUUUGGAUUUGGAUGAUUCAAUAUUCUUGGAAUUUGGGGACGAAUACUGGCGGCACAGUGAUUAUCAAUCCAUGUCCUCUCGAUCUUUCAGGGAGCCUCAUUCUGCAAGUGGAGCUAGAUGGCAUGAUAUAUCCCCUAGAAAUGAUUUGUAUGACACAAGACUACCUGAAAGAUAUGGGAGACGUAGAAGACACAUAUGUGCUGAAAGAUGCAGAGACAGUGGCUGUUUUGGUAGUCAUAAUGACUCUUAUGAGAAUGAAGAUGGUAUCAUUUAUCCUGAUGAUCAGGUUCAUUUUGGGAAAAGAAGAUACGACUUUCAAUCUAAAGUAUUGCACUGGAGUGAGGAUCAAUUGAUCUGUAGGCAUCAAGAUGAUGAAUUGUUUGCCGAGGAGGAACCAUUUUACUAUGAAAGAAUUUCUAGACAUGAAAGGAUUCAUGGCAAACAUGAAUCUACCUAUGAUGGAAUGCUUACUGCCGACAGGCAAUUUGAUCGGCAUAGAUGCAAAAUGACAAGUGAAGGACGUAGUCGUAACUGUAGUAAUAGAAGUUCUAAUAUUGUUCGUAGAGGUAAGCUUGAGCAGACAGUCUUGAGGUGCAGGAGUUCAGUUGACUUGGUUGUUGGGGAAGGAAAGUCCUCUGGGAGGUGCUUCAAACCUGAAAGUGUAAUGUGCUGUGGCAAGCUUCAAAAAGUUGAAAGCAAGAAUGAUAGGGAGCAGGCUAUCAAGGAUUUUGAUAAAUCUCGCACGGGCACGACAGCCGAACCCAGCAUCACUGAAAUUGGAAAUGACCAGAAUGGUGAGAAAUGGCUUGAUAAAUUUACUGUUUCUGAGCACAAUGAUGCUUUGGACAUUGAGGAGGGUCAGAUAGUACCGGAAGGACCAGACAGGGUUGUUCAUAUAUUAAAAGAAUCAGAUACCGGUUUUCUCUUUGAAAAGAAAUGCUGUUUUGAAACUGCAUCCCAGACCAGUAGUGUUAAAAAGAACAUGAUGCAUAGUGAAAGUGCUGGAAAUGCGGACAAGGUUGUUCGAGGAAUUGACAACCGCCGUAUUCUGGAUGUGCUAGCAAAGAUGGAAAAAAGAAGGGAGCGCUUUAAGGAUCCCAUCGCGGCCAAAAAGGUGCCAGACAAGGGUUCCAUGCCUCAAGUUGAUCCAGUAGUUGAACCAGCCGAAAAUAAGCAGCAAAGGCCUGCACGAAAAAGGCGGUGGGGUGGUAGCUAGAAUUCCCUGAAUUACUAUGCUUCACUCCAUAUUAGAUGCAUUUGCUCUUUGGAUCUUCAAUGGAGCAACUUGGAUUCAAUACGAGCCACAAUGGUGGAAACCCAAGUCCAAAAUUGAUGGUGAAGGGAGCUGGUCGAACAUUUUUUUCCCUCUCCAGGAAAAUGGAGGGAGGGUUGUUUUCCAGUGUUCAGCUAUUCGUUUGUAAUAAAAUUGUGUGGGGCUGGUAUGACGUAGGCGAACAUUCAUGACUCGAUAUUGGUUGUUCCUGCCCCUACUGAUGGUGUUCGUAAUACUGUUACUGAUUUUACCAAGGCUAUAAAAAAUCAGCACAAUGGAAGUUCCUUAGAUCGGUUUGCUUUUUCGCCCAAUAAGAACAUUUAGUGCUGUGAUAUCGUGGGUGGUGAAACUGCUCAAGUUCAUGUUAUUACUCCCAUCAUGUUUGAGGAUUCACUGGAAAUGUAUUCAUACAUGGCACGUUUUUAUGCAGCCAAAGCAUGAAUUAUUCUUCUGAAAAUAUAUUUCCUUCUGUCAAACUUGCAGUUACUUGCACAUUACUACAGGGGAAAAAAAAAAGAAAAGGAAACCCUAGAUCUAGAAUGAUGUUUUUGGAUUUGAAUUUGUUUUGGAUUGUGGCCUCAGAUGGAAUGAUGUUUUUGGAUAUGAAGUUGUGGGAGUUUAUACCUA